UCAUCAUUUCAAGACGAUGCUCCUGACAUUGAGACCCCUCUUGCCCAUCUCUGUGUUUGUUCUGCUUGGCUGGUGGUGGUACACAGUGCGGAAGAGGAGACACUCAGAUAAAUGCAGAUAUGAAUCUCUCCCCGAUGUGGAGAGCUCAGAUGAGCAGAGAGGACCUCCUUCCACCGCUGACACAGACAACCAGGAGAGAAGGGCCGUGGAGCAGGAGGCUGUCGCGAUCGUAAGCGCACCUGCUACGCGGGAGACCGGUUCCCAUUGGUGUUCACCACCUGAUGAAGGUGAAGAGGAGGGUUCUGCUGCCUGGCGACACAAAGCUCUGAACACAAACCGGAACAUCAGUGUCUCUGAGGUCAGCCAGCUAAACGCAUCCCCAGACCUGUCGCACGCACCGCUGGCAUCCUGCCCGGUGAACGAUGGCAGCACACCAUCCUCGGAACGAGAAAUAACCGUCAGGCCGGAACCAGAGGGAGAGACUUCUGAAGACAGGACGUCUUUGGUCAAGGAGAGGCAACUACCUGAGGUGGAAAAGGGUGGGUUUACUUCCGGUGGAGACCCAACUACCAGAACGAGUGAGGAGGACCAUCCCAGGGCUGAAUCUGAUCCUGUUUCCCUUCACUCCAGCUCCAGCAUGACCACACCACCACCAGAGGGCCUGGCCAGCUCCAGCAUGACCACACCACCACCAGAGGGCCUGACUAGCUCCAGGAUGACCACACCACCACCAGAGGGCCUGACUAGCUCCAGGAUGACCACACCACCACCAGAGGGCCUGGCCAGCUCCAGCAUGACCACACCACCACCAGAGGGCCUGGCCAGCUCCAGCAUGGCCACACCACCACCAGAGGGCCUGGCCAGCUCCAGCAUGACCACACAACCAUCAGACGGCCUCACUAGCUCCAGCAUGACCACAUCACCACCAGAGGGCCUGGUAGUAGGACCGUCGUCCUGUCUGGAGAGAGCUGAGGAGAGCCUUGUGUCAGAGGACUUUGGAGAAAGACAGGAAAUGGAGAAACUGUCUGCCAGAUUAGUGGAAGAGGUUAUCUGUGCAGCAUCAGUGGAGGUCCAAUCAGUAGGAAGCCUCCAGGGUGGGAAGGAACCUACGCACUCUCCAGAGCGUCUGAGCACUGUCCUGCCAACAGAAAAUGGAAGUCAACCUGAGACUGCAGACCGGGUCCAAACAGACACGACAAAGUCUCAAUCACCAAUCGAACACCUGCUAGAGGCCACGCCCACGUCCUGGACCGGUGUCUCGUCUCCUCCAGCUUUGCAGACAGAAGAGCGAAAUGAAAGCACAAAAAUCCCACAGGAAACAGAGAGUUCAGACUUUACAACAGACACAGCAGCGGAGGAGCCCUCAGGUCCAUCAGCGCUCCAAGCAGCCGUUGCGUCUGAGUACAGAAAGGACACUGCGGAUGAUUCAACCGUGUCUGGAACAUCUAGAGACCAGAGUGAGGAUUUUCCCACUGGAAUCGCACUGAGGAACGAAGCCCAUACAGCAGGAGAGAGAGAUUCUACUCUUGGGCCCCCAGGUGCAGCUGUAAAUGGUUUUAAGGGAGAGAGCCAAGACACCAGCGUCCAACCCAAAGACUCUCCCACCUCACCAGUGACUUACUGGGACAUAGAGGUGCCAGUGCGUCUUGUUGGGAGGUUGAUUGGAAAGCAGGGGAAGUACCUGGCCUUCCUGAGGCAGAACACUGGAGCGAAGUUUCAUAUCUCUGCACUGCCCUACACUCAGGAUUAUAAAAUGUGCCGUAUUGAGGGAUCGGAAGAGGAGGUGGAGAGAGCUUUAGCGUUGAUAAAGAAGAAACUUAAAGACCUGGACCUGACAAACCGCCACCGUGGUGCCCAGUCGCCUGCUCCUCUGCCCUCUCUCCCUCACACGUCCUGGCUGCUCCUGCCACCGGAGGGCAGCGUGGAGGUGAUUGUGCCCUGUGUUGAGACAGGAAACUACCUGUUUGUCCAGCAGCACACUCACCCCACCUUCCACACCCUGCACAGCCUGGUCCAGCAGAUGAGUCUCUGCUACUCCAGACCUGACUGCCCCGCCCUGCCCACGCCUGUGGAAGCGGGGGUGGUGUGCGCUGCUCCGUCGGCUGCUGGAGGCUGGUGGAGGGCUCAGGUUAUAAAGUAUUACAGAGACAGCGGCGAGGUGCAGAUCCGAUACGUGGAUUACGGUGGCUACGUUACCGUUAAGAUCGACAUCCUCAGACAGAUAAGAUCAGAUUUUGUGACGUUACCAUUCCAGGGAGCUGAGGUGAUGCUGGAAAACAUUGCACCAUUGCCAGGAGAGAGGGAGUUCACACAGGAGGCCAAAACAGCUCUGGAGGAACUAACUAAAGGAGUGUCCUUAGUCUUAGAGGUGACGGGCAGUGAGUGUGGUCUUCCUUUGGUCCACAUGUGGCGACCAGAAGGGGAGGAGCUGGUGUCAGUAAACCGGACCCUUGUAGAACGUGGACUGUGCGCGUGGACGGGGGGCGACUGAUAGACUUCCCACAGACUGCGUCUCUCCUCACUCUGCAAACUUGUUCUUUUUUGGUGUCUGUCUUUUAAAGCAUUUAGUUUUGCUUUGUACAGUAUACCCAGACUUUACAGUUGGAAAUGGUGGAUCAGCAGGUGUAAAUCUCCGCACACGCUAACGCUUUAGCACAUCAUUACCAGUCCUCUGACUUUAAUCAACCCAAAUACUGCAGUGUGAAUAAGUCUGAAUUUUUAAAUGCACUUUCUCUCUGUCUCGGUGUGUCUCUCUCUGUGUCUCCCUCUGUGUCUCUGUCUCUGUCUCUGUGUCUCUGUCUCUGUGUGUCUCUUAUAUUCUCUCCAGGCAUGAAUAGUUAAACAUGAGAUGCCGUUUGAUUUGAAGAAAAAUACUAGUGCAGGUUUGAGGUAAAACUUUUGUGCUGUAAUAACCUUUAUUACAACAAUAAUAGUAGAAGUAGUAGAAAUAAGUAGAUAAAAUGAACAGUUUUUUUAAAAUGGAAGCUUGCUUAUGUUUGAUAGACUCUACUGUUUCAGUGAAGUCCUUUAACUGAAUGAAAUAGCCUGUUGAUGAAUGUAGACUGUCACAUUCAUAAUACAGUUUAGUCUAGGACUGACAGAUAUAGAGUUCUGGUUUUUACUUAAAAAUGAAAACAACAACAAAAAAUGUGUUUGUAUAGGUGUGUAAUGUUCAAAUGUGUCUGAAAUGUUCAGAGCAUGUGAGGUUUAUUUUGUGCUGUGUGAGUGAGUCGUAAAUCAUAUGGUGAUAUCCAAAUGAAAGUGAUAUGUUUGGUAUGUUAA